UCGUUCACAACAGAUUACUUAAAAGGAGAACACCCGCAAAUAAAGAACCAAAGAAGAAAACUUGAGCUUGAUCUAACAUUCAAUGAGAAGAUAAAGGAUGGAUAUCAUUGUGAUUUCAUUGCUCACAGUUUUGCCUUGCCUGUGUAAUGCUGGCUCUACAGACAAUGUUGCUUUUGGAGCCAACGCUGUCCAGUCCUCCACUUUCGAUGAAUUUGCAGAUGCUAAUCAUGCUGUAGAUGGUAACAGAGAAUCAAUAUACACGAGGGGCUCAUGCUCUCACACUGCAGGAGAAUAUAAUCCCUGGUGGAGAGUGGACCUCAAAAGGAUCUACAGUAUUAACAAAGUUACCAUCACUAAUCGUGGAGACUGUUGUCCAGAGAGGAUAGAAGGUGCUCAGAUCCGUAUUGGCAACAGUCUGGAUAACAAUGGCAACAACAAUAAGCUCGCUGAAACAGUUGUGUCUAUCCCACUUGGAGGCACACAAACAUUUACAUUUGACCAUAUUCUGGGACAAUAUGUUAACAUCUUUCUACCUGGAACACAAAAAAUCCUCACUCUGUGUGAAGUUGAAGUCUAUUCAGAUAACAUUGCUUUUGGAGCCGAUGCUGUCCAGUCCUCCACUUACGAUCAAUUUGCAGAUGCUAAACAUGCUGUAGAUGGUAACAGAGAAUCAAUAUACACGAUGGGCUCAUGCACUCACACCGAAGUAGAAGAUAAUCCCUGGUGGAGAGUGGACCUCAAAAGUAUCUACAGUAUUAACAGAGUUAUCAUCACUAAUCGUGGAGACUGUUGUGAAGAGAGGAUAAUAGGUGCUCAGAUCCGUAUUGGCAACAGUCUGGAUAACAAUGGCAACAACAAUGAGCUGGCUUCAACUAUUUUCACUGCUCCUCAGCACACAGCGACAUUUGAGUUUAAGCCUAUUCUAGGACGAUAUGUCAACAUCUUUCUACCUGGAACACAAAAAAUCCUCAAUUUUUGUGAGGUUGAAGUGUAUUCAGAUAACAUUGCUUUUGGAGCCAACGCUGUCCAGUCCUCCACUUUCGAUGAAUUUGGAGAUGCUAAACAUGCUGUAGAUGGUAACAGAGAAUCAAUAUACACGAGGGGUUCAUGCUCUCACACUGCAGGAGAAUAUAAUCCCUGGUGGAGAGUGGACCUCAAAAGGAUCUACAGUAUUAACAAAGUUAUCAUCACUAAUCGUGGAGACUGUUGUCCAGAGAGGAUAGAUGGUGCUCAGAUCCGUAUUGGCAACAGUCUGGAUAACAAUGGCAACAACAAUGAGCUCGCUGCAAUAGUUGGGUCCAUCCCACUUGGAGGCACACAAACAUUUACAUUUGACCAUAUUCAAGGGCAAUAUGUCAACAUCUUUCUACCAGGGAACGGGAACUCUAAAAUACUCACUCUGUGUGAAGUUGAAGUCUAUCCAGAAAACAUUGCUUUAGGAGCCAAUGCUGUCCAGUCCUCCACUUUCGAUCAAUUUGCAGAUGCUAAUCAUGCUGUAGAUGGUAACAGAGAAUCAAUAUACACGAAGGGCUCAUGCUCUCACACUGCAGGAGAAUAUAAUCCCUGGUGGAGAGUUGACCUCAAAAGUAUCUACAGUAUUAACAGAGUUACCAUCAUUAAUCGUGGAGACUGUUGUGAAGAGAGGAUAGAUGGUGCUCAGAUCCGUAUUGGCAACAGUCUGGAUAACAAUGGCAACAACAAUGAGCUCGCUGCAACAAUUGGGUCCAUCCCACUUGGAGGCACACAAACAUUUACAUUUGACAAUAUUCAAGGGCAAUAUGUCAACAUCUUUCUACCAGGGAACCAAAAAAUACUCACUCUGUGUGAGGUUGAGGUUUAUGCAGGUUGAGUGGCAUGAAGAAGUUACACCACAGUCCACCAAAAGAAGAGGCUAACAUCUCAAAACAGUCACUGGCCCUGAAUAAUUUUUUUAAUAACUUUACAAAAACACAUAUUUUUGUGUUCUAUGGAGGUAUCAAAAAUAAUGUAUAAAAUAAAUACAUAAAUUAAGCAUGUUA